ACCGGACUGGUGAUCAAACAAAGGUGUCUUCGGUCCAUCUACCUGAUUGAGGGAUUAAUCGAAGACAUCGAGAAGGCAGAAAGUCACGCCAAGGGAGUAUGA